CAUCACUCGCAACUAAGAGAUCUUACUUGUCUAGUCAGCAAAUAGAACAGCGAAAAAAAAACAUGGCCGUCGAAUUCAGCGAUCAACAAAUGGAAGACAUCAAGGAAGCCAUUGAGCUUUUCGAUAAAGACGGCGACAACAAGAUCGCUCUCAACCAAGUCGGUGACAUCGUGAGAGCUUUGGGAGAAUGUCCAACGAACGAAGAUGUUGAUAAAAUGCUGGGAAAUCCGUGUAAAGAAGACUUGGCAAAAAAGAUAGGAGUUGAAGAAUUUUUGCCUAUCUACACUAAAGUUAUGCAAGAAUCUGUCAAAGGAACUUAUGAAGAUUUCAUGGAAGGAUUGAGAGUUUUCGACAAAGACGGCAACGGCACUGUCAUGGGAGCUGAAAUCAGACACGUUUUGACAACUCUAGGAGAAAAGUUGACAUCUGCUCAAGUGUCAGCAAUGAUGCAAGGACAGGAGGAAACAAAUGGAAUUCUUAACUACGACAAAUUCAGUAAAUUCUUACUGGAGACACCACAAACCGCCAUAUAAAAGAAUGAUCUUCCGUGUUUGAAUUUUUCCAAUGAUUUUAUCUUUCCAUCACAAUAUAUUUCUAAGUGAAGCAU